AGCGGCCCCCACUUCCUGCAGACGCCUGGGGUUUCUCUAAGCCGUUAGGGAGUGUGUGGCCCAUCAGGAAGGACGACAGGCAGCCCCCUGCGCCAGAGCGAUGGGUUCAGUCUCGGUUCUGACAGCGAAACGGUGCCUCCUCCCAUCUUCGUUUUCACAGGGCGGUCCCUCCACGCGCCUCCCAGGUGGCGGGAGGUGUCCCUAGGACGGCACCGUACACUGGACGUCAUGAAAAACCACCUUUACAGUUUUUGCCCAGAUCUGGUUAUAAAUUGUGGGUUGUUAGCUCUGCCUCUUGGACUUGCCCCGCCCUCUUUUGCUAUCCUGGUCCACAGAUGAGAGUCUGGUGGGUUCGUAGACAUCACGAUGGACCCUGGUCGGGCGAGGAGGUCGAAGUGGCAAGGCAGGGUUCGCAGUUUACAUUUCCGGCGGUUACACCUCCGUCUGGGCCUGCUUGGCGGGGCGGUGGUCGUCAGAGGCCGCUCACGGAGAGGAGAGCAGUGUGAACAGUAAGAAAUCACGGGGCCACGGGGGGACUGCCAGAUAGAGCUCUCACGGCGAGGCGGCCUUUCUGUGGGUCCUCGUUUCUCCGACAGCGAGCUGCUGUGACGGGAACCCCGCCAAGUCCACAUCCCAUUGAAGGAGGAACCUGUUUUCGCUGCGUUUGCUUGUCAUUUCCUUCGGGCCUGUGUGGGGGGCAGGCCUGUGUGAUAUGUCUGUCACCUUAGACAAAAGGCCCCGGGGGUUCCGCAGUCAUGUUGUUUUGUGGCCUUGGUCGUGGUUUGAACCAGUUCCUUCCUCCAGAAAUGAACAACAGUGCCCUUCACGGGGGAGAGCAGCUGGUGGCUCAGUCUGCUGCCUGGGCCUGUGCUCACCUCACAGCACGGCCGCCAGCUUCCUCCUCCCCGAGGGGCAGGCACCGCUCCCCUCACAGGAGCAGAGCAGCUGGACAGCGGGGAUGGAAGCAGGGAAAGGGCUGGUUUUAACCCGCGGCUCUGGCAUGGCCUGGGUGCCAGUCUCCCUCUUUUUCUUCCCGAUGCCCAUGAGGUUCUGUCACACUAGAGACCAGGCCGGUCUAGAAGAGGAAUUGAAUCCUGCCGUCUGCAGGGGGCUGAAGGCCUUCAGAAGUCCCUGGCCGAUGAAGCCUUUCUGUGCGGUUACGUGACAUGAUGAGUUUUGUGCGUUGACCCCUUAAUUCCGUCAGAGUGUGAGCUCACACAAGCCUGUGGCCAGCGGCUUCUUGGGAAGCAGCUCAUCUCUGCACGGGGGCUCCGAGGGGCACGUUCCUGCCUUGAAAACUGGGGGCCACAUCCCUAGUUGGCAGGUUCUGGGUGUCACUCCGUUAGGGUCCCAGGGGCGCCGUGGAGAGAGCCACGGGGCGGGUCCAGGCUGCCAUCUUGUCGCACCGCGUGCGCCUUCGCAGCGAAGAGGCCGCUCCACCCGUGGCCCGCGCUGCGCUGUUGGACGGAACUGCCAUUUCCCUGCGGUUUUUGUUUCUGUCUCGGUAGGAGGAUGUGCCGUGUGCACAGACACCGUAGCCCUUGAUCUCUUUGCCACAUCAGUUAAUGACCGUCUCGGCACUUUCUGGUGCAUAUUGACAUGUGAGAUGAGAACUGCCGUCUGAAAGGGGCAGGUUUGUGGCUUUCACAUCGAGCAGCGGCUCCUGAGCUGCUCUCCGGCGAGGCCUUUGCGGACGGAGCAGCGAGGCCCCGCUCCUGGGGCUGGAGCGGCUGCUAAGGUUCAGGGAUUUUUAAACCCUCGGGUCCCAGUGUUGGUGGCGUGCAGCGGGCCAUGCGGGCGCAUUAGGGAAAGGCUGGCGCCCAGCACCGCUGCUGAGGACCCGCGGGCAUAGUCCUUGGGAAGAGCAAGCGGCACCGGGCGUGCCGGCGGGGCGGCGGGAGAAGGCCUGCGCCUGGGAACACUGAUUGGGAAGCGGUGAUUUAAAAGCAAAAGAUUCCUUGAAGCAAAGAAGCCUUGAGUUCUUAUCUGGGGUGUGCAGGUCACCCCCGGGCCUCUGGGGGAUGCGUGCAGGCAGAGGAAACGGCAGGUGGGUGGUGAGCGGGCCACUGGGUGGGAGAGAUCAGAGAGGUGGGUAUAUUCUGAACGCGUUCUGUGUUCAUCUUCAACAUAUUGCAUUUGUGUGCACGAGGCUGACUGCUCACUCAGGGGUGCUUGCCGAUGCCACUCGGGACCCCCUCGGAGAGCUGCUGACCUGGUGGAGGGACCCUCGGGGUCUGGGCUUGAGCUUCUGCUCUCCUAGAGGGAUUUCCUCUGGGAGCAUUCACGAAAACGGGGUAGCGGGCCAGAGACGGAAAGGAGAACCUGCACGCAGAGGUUCCUGUUUUGCCUCCGCAGCCACUUCGGGACGCACGCAUCUGCCUGCUCUGACCGCACCUCCCCGGCGCCGGCGGCAUCAGACCCGAGCGGCUGCAGCGAGCGGUGGCUGUCAGACACUCAGGCGGCCUCCUCUCAGGCUGAAGAUGGAGAGCGGCGUGCUCUGCCUCCUGAGACUCACCCUGAGGCCAGUGCUGCUGGGCUACUUCCUGGGCCUGAACGACCUGAUCGUGUCCUCCCUGGAGCUGACCGUGCACGCGGGUGAGCCCGCCCUGCUGGGCUGCGUGUUCCAGAGCGUGGAAGGGAAAUGCGUGACCAAGGUCGACUGGACAUUCUCACCCAGGGAGCACGCCCAGGCUGAGUACGUGCUGUACUAUUACGCCAACCUCAGCGUGCCGGUGGGGCGCUUCCAGAACCGGGCGCGCCUGGCGGGGGCCCUCUCGCACAACGACGGUUCUCUCCUGCUCCAAGACGUGCAGGAGGCUGACCAGGGAACCUACACCUGCGAGAUCCGCCUGGAAUGGGAGAGCCGCGUGUUCAAAACCGAAGUGGCGCUGUACGUGCUGCCGGAGGAGCCCGGAGAGCUCACGGUCUAUGUGGGUGAUUCAGCUCCGAUGGGCUGUGCUUUCCAGAGCACGGGAGAGAAACUCAUGACCAAGGUUGACUGGACGUUCUCACCAGGGAAGCAUGCCAAGGAGGAGGAAAUGAUGCGCUAUCACGCCACACGCGGGGGGCCCGGGGGGUACUCCCAGAGCGGGGGCCGCUUCCGGAGCCGCGUCGCCCUGGUGGGGGACACCGCGCACAACAACGCCUCCGUCCUGCUCCAAGAAGCGCGGGAGUCCGACACAGGAAGCUACACCUGCAGCAUCCACCUGGGGGACCUGACUUUCAGGAAAACCUUUGAGCUGCACGUGAUUCAGAAAGAGCCCCGAGCACUGGUGACCACCGUGGCCCGCAGUCCCGAGGUCCUGGGCGGCAACCAUCUGGUGAUCAUCGUGGGCAUCGUCUGCGUCACUGUCCUGCUGCUUCCUGUGCUCAUCCUGACUGCGAGGAGGAUCCAUGGGAGUAAGAGUUCCGGGACGUCCAUGGCCCUGGUGAAGAGCCUGGAGGACAGGGACAAGCCUCCCCCCGAGAAGCACGUUUACUCCUCAAUCAACACGUGGGAGGUGACCAAGGAAGAAGAAUCAAGUGACAGAUCAGAGGCCACCUACAUGACCAUGCACCCAGUGUGGCCUUCAGCACUGAAUUACCCGCCUGAGAAAAAGUGGGCCGAGGGAGUGCCCCUAACAGGGCAAGCCUUUUAAGAAGAGUCCCCUCACCUUCACGAGGCAGAGGCGCCCCAGUGUGGCCUGUCCCUGUGCCAGUCAUGCAGACCCGCCCCCCCCCCACCAGCUGUCCUGCCUCCCUCGCUGGCCAGAGGCUGAAGAUGGCCACAGACGGGGCCCUCUGGAGUGGACCCUGGCUGAGCUGCCCCAGCUGCACCAAGCGCCCCAUCCGAUCAGUCCCUCAGGUUGAAUGUGAUCCUGGGAAGAAUCGCAGUGAAAACCAACCCGAAUGUUUCCUGUGGCACAUCGUCCCUAAAUAAAUGUGUUCUGUGGAUGUCA